AUGAAAGUGGUUCAAGUUUUCAACAUAGCACCAAUUUCAGAAUCAAAAGAGUUAUCAACUCAAACAACGAUUCCCCUCACCUUCUUUGACAUACUAUGGUUAAGGUUACCACCUGUUCAACGCGUCUUCUUCUAUCAAUUCCCUCAUCCAGCUCCUCUCUUCUUUCACACCCUCCUUCCCAAUCUCAAACACUCUCUCUCUCUUGCACUUGGCCACUUUUUCCCACUUGCUGGACACCUCAUUUGGCCCCUUCACUCCCACAAACCUAUCAUCAGUUGCAAAACCGGUGAAACUGUUUCCCUCACUGUAGCUGAAUCUGAGGCUGAUUUCAACCAUCUAGCGGGCACAGAUCUUUCUGAAGCUAGCGAAAUCGACCAACUUUUACCCCAUUUGACCAUAUCCCAUGAUCAAGCUAAUGUUUUAGCUUUGCAAGUUACUCUAUUUCCAAACUCUGGAUUUUCCAUAGGAAUAAUCUCACACCAUGCUGUUCUAGAUGGCAAGACUUCAACAUCAUUUAUCAAAUGUUGGGCUUAUCUUUGUAGAGAAUCAGCCUCUUCUUUGCCACCUGAACUGAGUCCUUUUUUGGACAGAGAAGGAGUGAAGGACCCCAAUGACCUAGGAGCAAGAUAUGCCAGUGAUUGGUUAAACCAGGAUGGGCCCAACAACAGAAGCCUCGAAGUUUGGGAUCUGCAACUCCCAGAAGAUGCAACUAGAGGCCUUUUUCAUCUCUCUCGUUCGGAUAUUGAAAAGCUAAAGCAGAUUGUGUUGUCCAAGAAGACAUGGAACAACAGCAACCUUCGCUUGUCAACGUUUGUGUUAUCCAUUGCUUAUGCUUGGGUCUGCAGGGUGAGGGCAGAGGAAACAAAAAACAGAAAAGUUAUUUUGGCUUUAAACGUUGAUUGUAGGGCACGUUUGGAGCCACCAGUUCCUGCAACGUAUUUUGGGAACUAUGUGGGGGCGAGGCUUGCAAUUGUUGAAACAAAAGAGAUAUUGGGGGAGGAUGGACUAAUUGUAGCAGUGGAUAGUGUGAAUGAGAGUUUGGAAAAUCUGAAAGAGGGAGCGCUGAGUGGGGCAGAAAAUUGGUCAAAGUGGUUGCUUGACGGUUUCCGAGAUGAUGUGAGGAUAAUUGGCGUUGCUGGAUCACCAAGGUUUGAUGUUUAUGGCAAUGACUUUGGUUGGGGAAGACCAAAGAAGGUUGAGAUGGCUUCAAUAGACAGAACUGGGGCAUUUUGUUUGUCAGAUAGCAGAAGUGGUGAUGGAAUUGAGAUAGGUUUCGUGUCCAGCAAAGAAGCGAUGGAGACCUUUGCUUCUCUCUUUCUCAAUGGCCUCCAAUCUUGA